AUGCCUCGAAAAAGACCAGCAACAUCUGGCUAUGCUCAGCUUGCCCAAGCCGAUGAGGACGACCGAGUCCUCUCAGACGACUCUGGUGACGAGUCAUACAACAACACCCCUCUGUCAACGCGGUAUGCUGCCAUUCAGCCAGGGCCCGGCGAGGGCAUGCGGCCUACUCCCGGCCGAUCUCCUAAGCGUCCGCUGCGAAGAGUGCGGACCAAUUCUGGCGUAGACAUUAAAGCCAUUAAUGCCAGACUCGAACGAUGGGCAGAAGAGAUUGUACACAAGUUCAAGAGCAGCGGCCGGCCAGGACGAGAGGAUGGCGAGCAGAGGCUUGAGAUUCACCACUCUGUCUUCCAAGCACCAGAAGGUGUGCGGCCAGUAACGCAGGAAGAUUUACGAGCAUACAACGACGAGUCGCGCAUGACCAAGCAGCAAUUCGACGAUGUGGUCGAAAGUGUCCGUGUUGCAAUUGAACUCAACAUGCACCCAAAAAUGAUUUCGAAAGGCAGCUCAGGCAGUUACUUUGCGAGAAACAGCGAGGGAAAAGUUGUCGGUGUAUUCAAGCCCAAGGACGAAGAGCCAUACGCGACCAGGAAUCCCAAAUGGACCAAAUGGGUGCAUCGAAACCUCUUCCCAUGGUUCUUCGGUCGAGCUUGCCUCAUCCCUAAUCUGUCAUAUGUGUCGGAAGCUGCGGCAUACGUACUCGAUGCUCAGCUAAGAAUCAACCUUGUACCAUAUACCGAUGUUGUCUAUCUUUCGUCCAAGUCCUUCUACUACGAUUUCUGGGAGCGCCGCAGCACAUGGAGCGGGAAGAAGAGCCUGCCCGCAAAACCCGGCAGUUUUCAGGUCUUCUUGAAAGGCUUCAAAGAUGCCAACAUGUUCUUGCGAGAACACCCUUGGCCAGAUCAAAACAACGCCGACUUCCGCCCUGAUAUGGAACACAAGAGCAAGAGGCGAGCAUUUGCCAACUGCAUACCAGGUGGUAACGUCUCGGACGACGAAGAUGCACCUCCUCGACUCGACAGCCCUUCGCCGGCACUCCAACAAAGAUUUCACUGGACACCAAAGCUGAAGCAAAGCUUCCGAGAAGAACUAGAGAAGCUGGUAAUACUAGACUACAUAAUGCGGAACACGGAUCGAGGACUAGACAACUGGAUGAUCAGGAUAGACACGAAAACGGAAGAAGUCAACAUGGUCGCCGAACCACCCAAAGCCAAUGGAGCAUUGUCUGCUGGACACUCAACUCCUCGUGCAGCAUCCCCCUCUCAGCGUACAGAAUCCAAUACCUCUCGCCCAUAUCGUCGAUACGAAGCAAUGGAAACACAAUCACGGACAAGCACACCUGUGUUGGCCGAGCAGCCUACGGCACACGUGACGCUGGGAGCCAUCGAUAACUCACUCUCAUGGCCUUGGAAGCAUCCAGACGCCUGGCGAUCGUAUCCAUUUGGGUGGCUCUUCCUGCCGGUAUCUCUGAUUGGGCAGCCGUUCACCCAGAAGACCCGCGACCAUUUCCUACCACUGCUGACAAGCACGGCAUGGUGGACCGAGACGACCAUCGCCUUGAGACACGUGUUCACCAUGGACGAGGAUUUCAAGGAGCGAAUGUUCGCUAAGCAAAUUGCUGUCAUGAAAGGUCAGGCAUGGAACGUCGUGGAGACACUCAAGCAGAUGGAUCAUGGACCGCUCGAAUUGACCCGCCGAACUCGCGUCUGCGUAUGGGAUGACUUGGUUGACGUUCCUGUGGCUGUGCCACUACGGUCGACGUCGCCCGAGGCAAGUAAGAGGUCGCAGAAGAAAGUCAGGAUCGAGCAGGACGAGAUGGAUAUAGGAGCUUAUUCGACUACCGCUCCAUCUCGACCGACACCAGUCGAGGCUGACCUCUUGGGAUCUCCUUCCCUGCAUGAUCUCCCUAACCCCAACAGGUUCGAACUGUCGCACGAAGAUCGUAGCGCUGGUGACCUGGGAGACAUCGGCGAGGAGGCUGGAUCUGCCGAUCUCUCAGGGCCCAUGUCACCCAUGUCCCUGAACGAGGCUUCCAUGCGCGGCUACGCAGACAUGCACGCAAGCGAAGCCCGUCAUAAUCUCUCACAAGACACGACACCUAUUCCGACCCGUCCCAAGCCACAUCGCCACGCCAAUGCGCGAUUCAGCUUCGACUUUUCGCGCAGCCUGCCCAGACCUGGCAACCGAGGGCGAAGCAAUAGUACUCGUAGUGGGCAUCGACAGACCGCGUCCAUGAACUACGGCGGCAUGGGUGACGAUGACCUGGAAGGAGAUCUUGGCUAUGCAGCGGCUAGUGAUAUGGAGGGACACAAGAGAAAGGUCAUCGUGGAGCGACUAGAGACCGUCAAAGGCUCGCAGCCUUUCUUUACGUGGUGUUGA